UCGUUAUUACUGUGCUGUCACCGAUAUGGAAACAUCCCAAAGACCUAUGCCGCCCCCUCCACCGCCGCCACCGCCUUCGGUAUCAGUUUACAGGCAAAGCGGCGAGGUAAAAGCCCACGAUGCCAAACCACACACUACAGUUCACGAAGUGCUUGAAAGACAACUCCAUCGCAUAACGGCUGACUCCGAAGAAGCUACCGUUGUGUCCAGGGUGUUGCCGGUGAGACCCGUUAUUCAAGACGGACCACAAUGCGGGCUAGUGGCACUUAGCAUGGCCUCACAGCUGCUCCAAGAUCAUCCAGUGAGUGUCGAGGCUCUUUUCGAAAUGGCCAAGUCGCUUCAGUUCACCAAGAAAGGAGAGAUGUUUUCAGUUGAAAACAUGAAGACUCUAGCCGAGGCAUGUCUGCAAGAACAUCGCACUAAAAUUGUGCGCAGUGAGCAUCGAGAAGAUAUCAUCAGACAUCUGCUUGAGGGAAAGCCUGUGUUAAUACCGUAUGAUUCUGACGGAAAUUUCGAACCCUGCCUAAAAAAUGGACACACAGCACACUGGGCUGUCCUUCAUGGAAUCUGCCUGGUUCUACGUGAAUCACCUUGCAUCGAAGACACGCUGGCAAACGUUUCGGAGAUGGACUCGAAGUGCCCGAGGAUUUUCCACGUCCACACCACGAUACCCAAGGAAGUGUUACUAAAGCUCACCCAGCUAGCCGAGAGCCAGGAGACCGGUGUGUUUGUUUAUGCUAGUCAGGGAAAGAGCAGGCACGUAGGAUUGUGGGAACUUGAGUUGCUUCUGAGAAGUAACAAGAACCUGGCGCAUUUCACGCCAAAGCGCGAUAUUUCCGAUUUUGUGAUACCAGAGGGAGGUGUUGCCGGAGGGCUGUCUGGCCAGGUGCUUCUUUUCACAUAGUCCAUGAUGCGGUGAAGUGUUAAGUAAUGUGAGUUAAUGUGAAGUUAUCACAGGGCUGGAUCUCUCUCAAAAGAAGUGACUGCAGAUGUUGGCCCACGCUUGUGUUCUCAUUUUAUCUGUGUAAUUAUCUUGCGUUGAUGUACUCUAACAAGAAGCGACGAUCGAUAGAGCAACUUCUAGUUGAUCUGUCUUGAGACAUGUGACGAGAGUUUAGUUGUUGGUUAACGCUCGUGUAUUUAUCGCAUGUGAGUCACUGUCUGACCCACUAACCCCAUUCACAUUGUGUGUGAAAACCGCUGAGUUGGUUCAACAGACCGUUCGGCAUUUUUUUGCUAGCUACCAGCCAUGUACAGCAGCUAGCCUCUAGCUGACAUUGGCUGGAUCAGGAAGGUGUGUACCAUCUUCCGUGCCCUUCGCACUUUCUUCAUUUGGCCUGUGAAGCUUCUCAGGCCUUUCGGAACUCUUACCAAACUGUGUUGACUGUGGUGAGUUUUACAUGCUGGGAUAUUUAUUGUGUGAAUGCCUGGCUCAUGUUAGUGCCUGAACAAAUUUUUAACCAAAACGUGUUGUGGAUGAGGCUUGCCUUAAUCAUUGUUUGUGGAAGUAGUACCCCACUCCACAGCAUCCUAGGCUGGGCAAAGACUUGCACUGUCUUUUUGAAAAAUAUCAAUCCAAUGGCCUGUCAAGUCGUGUAUUUCUGCAUCUGAUGGUGCUUGCACCACAGCACUGUGGUGGUGUGUUUCUUGUCUGCAUCAUUAACAUACGCUGGUUUUUUGUUACCAUUUUUUACCAACAAGCCCAUGUUUUCUAUUUAUUGGUAAUGGCCCCUAUGCCAUUACCAAUGCCAGCACUUCUGGUAAAGACGUACAUCGCGCCAGAGUUAUUGCAAAUGGUUCCGUAUGUAGUAAGUCUACGUGCCACUGUAAUUGUUUCUGGAGCCUUUAUGUGGUGAUAUAUAGUGCCACUAGAGUUACUGUAUCCAAAGGGCCGUGUUGUUGAGGUGUCUCCUGUGGAGCAACUCUCUCCAUAUUUCUGCCGCCAACCCAUAGAAAAUUUGAGAGCUAGCAAGAAGGGACAACUGAGCAAAUUAGCAUGAACAUGUCUUGACAGUAGCCACUGUAUUUAGUCAGGGCUUUUGUCUCACCUUAUUCCUAGUCUUUGGUUUUCUUAGAGAGCAACGUGCUUCUUCAUGUGAUGUCAGAUUCUGAAUCCUCCAUUUUUUUUCUUAGUCUAUGCCGAGAGCAUUUUAACGAGUGGUCAUUCUAAAGCGAAGCUUUCGUUUUAUGGUGUACUCCUGUGGCCGCAUAUUUACACAGGUUGAGUGCCUUACAAGUGAGCUAUACUAGUUAGAGCAGGCAAGGACAUGUAGUCUAGCCAAAUCAUCAUGGGCUCCGGUAACUGUGACGUUAAUAAACUUCAUAAAUAUAAAGCAGCGUUCUUACCUUGUUGCUGAUGUUGGGGUCUCAUAUUGUGCAUUGUCAUGUGCUUUCAUUAAAAGC